AUGAAAAAAUCAUCUUUAUUGACCACUUUGGUCUUGUUCUUUUUUAUUACUAUUGCUCCUUCAUCUGGAAUAUUUAUAGAAGAUGAAAUUGAGCCUUUUGAUGAAGUCGAGUAUUGGUGGUCUUUAUCUACUCAAGUUGAACAAGAAGUUUUAGGAUCAGCCUAUUUCACCCAGACCGCACCACCAAUUUGUAAAAGUGUAAUGUAUUUUGAUAGAGGAUUUGCUUCAAAAGAUCCUAACGACUAUGGAUUCACUAUCGGUUAUUUUAAUAUGAGCAAACAUUUAAGAAAUGAAAUUCCGAUGAACACACCUGGAACUUCUCCGUUUUCGCUCGAUUUUACAGAGUUUUCCUGUCGACAAAUCGUUGGCAAAAAAUUUAUUAUUAAAUGUCGUGAUAAUACAAUUGGUGAUUACAGAAUUAGGAAACUGUAA